UCUCCCUUCCCCCCUAAAAAUCAAUAAAAAUAUGUCCUUGGGUGAGGAUUUAAAAACAAACACACAUCUUUGGUAUUUAUUCUCGUAGAUCUACACUGUCUAGUAUGGUAGCCACUAGCCACAUGUGGCUCUUGAGCAUUUGAAAUGUGGUUGUUCAAACAUGUAAAUAACUUCCUAAUAUUGAUUACAUGUUGAAAUGAUAAUGUUUUAGAUAUACUGUAUUGGGUAAAAUAAAAUGUAUUAAAUUUUUAUAUUUUGAACAUUGUAACUGCUAGAACACAUUACAUGUAUAGCUUGCAUAUGUGUAAUUACACAUAUUUAUUGGACAGCAGUGUUUGAGAAUAAUUUUCAAAUCAUUUUGUCAAGUUUCUAAGAAAAUAUUCCAUUGCACUGCAUUAUAUUUAUAGAUUAAUUUUUUAGGGAAAGUAUCCAUCUUUAUAGUGUUGAAUUUUCUUUCCAGGAGCAUAUGUGUCUUCAUUUAAACAUGUUUUAGUUCUUAUCAACGUCUUACAGUUUUCUUGUUGGAGAUCCCGACUAUUUUUUGUUUUUCCCCUAGGUGUUGUAUAAUUUCUGAUACUAUUGUUGGUUGUAACUUGUCAUUAUCUUACCUAACUGGCUUUUUAUGUACCUUUUUGAAACCCUUUACUUAUUAGAUCUUGAUUCUAACAGAUUUUUCAAGUUGAUCAUCUUAUGUUUUCUAUAUAAAUAAUAUCUGCCUUGAAUAGUAAUUUUGCUUCCUCUUUUUUAAUGGCUAUAUGCCUUAAUUUUCUCUUUGUCUUGUUGCUUUGGCUGGAACUUCCAGAGCAGUAUUAAGUAUGGGAAGUGAUGGGCAGACAGCCUUGUAUCCUCCCAGGCACUAAUGGGAAUGCCUUCGCAAAAGUGUUUACCAGAGUGUACACCAGAGAACACUAAUUCUUUGGAAUAUUAAUAUCUGUACCUUGAGAGAAGAGUUUCACGCUUAAAUGCAUUUGCAGACUACUGAGUUAAAUGGAAUUCUUGUCUCCAGGACUUUUCAGAUGGGUUAUUCUGCUAAUAUGUUUUUAAGCCCUGGGAGGUAGGGAUACUGAGGCUAACUCAUGGACGUGCUCUACUAAAUGCACUGUGGGAAGUGCAGAUAUGUUCCUUUUUAAGGAUGAUGUUGCUGUUAGUUUGCAGUAGAUACUGUUAAUAUAUUAAGAAAAUAUCGUUCUAUUCCUAGCUUAUUGAGUAUUUCGUCCGUAUUUAAAAGGGCAUUUAGCUUUCUGAAAUGCAUUUUGGCAUUGUAUUGAUUUGGCCAUAUGGUUUUUCUCCUUUGAUUUACUGAUGCUGCAAAUCAUAUUGGUAUAUUUCCUAACAUACAACCAUCUUUACAUUUGGUCGUACUAUGUAAUUCUUUUAAUGGGUUAUAUUUGCUAGUAUUUCCUUUAGGACUUUCAAAUCUGCUUACUUAGUAAAGUCAACAGUUUUCUUCUUUGUGCUGUUUGCCGUCUUGUAGUAUCAGAUUCAUGCCAUAUGAAUCGAAACACUUUAAAUGUUUUAACAUGCAUCUAGAAGAGUGUGAAUGGCCUGAAGAUUGUUUGUGCUUUGGUACUUCUGUUUCCUUUGUAUUUAAUUUUGCCUAUUUAUUCUAAAAAUAUGUUCAUUCGUACAGAUUUCACAUUGAUUUAAAUCAUAAAUCUAAAAUAAAUAAGGACGCAGUAUUAACUGAAAUGUUUCAACUCAAAUUCUGACAUGAUAAAAACAAUUCUGAUGUGAUCUAGUCACACUAACCAAUUGAUCCUUCUCUGCAAGAGUCUUAGAUUUAGUGGCACUUUAUUGUUUAAUGAUAAAACAUUUUAAGGCACUGACUCUCCCUGUUAAAUUUUGUUGUUGUUUCAAGACCCUCAACACUUCAUUAUGAAAAAUUUCAAACAUACAGAAAAGUUGGAUUUUAUAGUAAACACCUAUAUAUCCACCACCUAGACAAGUGUAGGCUUGUUAACAUUUCACUCUGUUUGCUUUAUCACUUAUCUAGUCAUCUCUUUUUCUGGAUGCGUUCUCAAGUAAGUUGAAGACAUAGUAAACUUCACUCCUGAAGUUGCCUCCUUAGCUCAGCAGGCAGUGUGUCAGUCUCAUAAGCCCUUCUUACUACAGAUUUGAUGUGAUAUUUUAAAUUUUCUAAAUAGUUUUAUUCAUUUUUUAUUCUGUUUUUGAUUCAGUACUUGUCCAGGAGGUGUUUAUAUUUCUAUUGGUUGGGUUUUAAAAACUAAAAUAGUUAGGUCUAAUUUUGUUGUAUUUGGCCAGAGAAUGUAGCCUGGGCUGUAUCCCCUUCCGUGGUGUGGAUGAUUCGCUGCUGCGGAUUCUAGGCAAGGGGCGCCAGGCUGUGCUAGGUGUGCCAGUGCUGUGAGCACCCGUGGAGGACCAUACACUUGUGAGGUCUGGCGCUCAUUUUGCUUUAAAAAUGUCCAUGAGUAUAUUUAGUCCGUGCCAAAUGGUCAAGGACCAAAUGUCUCCAUGGAUGUGUUAGGACCAAAUGUCCGCUAAUCUUAAAAACUCGUCACUGAAGGGGACUGAGUAUUGCUGCAUGGGUGAGCAACUCCAAAAGAUAUAAAGGUGUGCAGAGCUGAAGGGAAAUGCACAUCAAGACAGCAUCUCAGAUUCUAAACUAAAAAGGGUUCAGCUCUAUUCAUAGUAUGCGGUAAUGCUGUAUAUUGAAAAAUACCAAUUGAAAAUACACAAAUUAGGUAGAACAUUCUUUAGAUGAAUUUCCUUAUUGUUACAAAGUAAAGAUCCUCAAAACUAGGUGAGACAGGGAAAUAUUUUUCCUAAAAUAAUACCAAAUUCUCAAUCAGAGCUGAAAUGGCCUUACUAUGUAUAACGUGUUUUAAUUUUGAUCAAGAUGAAAGUUAGGCAUUUAGGACACUAGGCUAAUUGAUCAUUUGGUUAUUUGACUUUAGGUGAAUUAACCAAGACAUGAAAGACUGAAAAUAAGUAAGAGGAGGAAUGCUCCGGCAGACCCUAGAAGAUUACGCCUCAUGUCAGUAGAAAUGGACAGCAGCAGUUUUAUUCAGUUUGAUGUGCCCGAGUACAGCAGCACCGUUCUGAGCCAGCUAAAUGAACUCCGCCUACAAGGGAAACUAUGUGACAUCAUUGUCCACAUUCAGGGUCAGCCAUUUCGAGCCCACAAAGCAGUCCUUGCUGCCAGCUCCCCAUAUUUCCGGGACCAUUCAGCAUUAAGUACCAUGAGUGGCUUGUCAAUAUCAGUGAUUAAAAAUCCCAAUGUGUUUGAACAGUUGCUUUCAUUUUGUUACACUGGAAGAAUGUCCUUGCAGCUGAAGGAUGUUGUCAGUUUUCUGACGGCAGCUAGCUUUCUUCAGAUGCAGUGUGUCAUCGAUAAGUGCACGCAGAUCCUAGAGAGCAUCCAUUCAAAAAUCAGUGUUGGAGAUGUUGACUCUGUUACCGUUGGUGCUGAAGAGACUCCAGAGAGUCGGAAUGGAGUUAAAGACGGCAGCUUCUUUGCCAACCCUGUUGAGAUCUCUCCCCCGUAUUGCUCUCAGGUACGGCAGCCCACCACAAGCAGUGAUCUUCGAAUGGAAACGACGCCCAGCAAAGCUUUGCGCAGCCGCCUACAGGAAGAGGGCCACUCGGACCGAGGGAGCAGCGGGAGCGUUUCUGAGUAUGAGAUUCAGAUAGAGGGGGACCAUGAUCAAGGGGACCUGCUGGUGAGGGAGAGCCAGAUCACUGAGGUGAAGGUGAAGAUGGAGAAGUCCGACCGGCCCAGCUGCUCGGACAGCUCCUCCCUGGGAGACGAUGGCUACCACACUGAGAUGGUUGACGGGGAGCAAGUCAUGGCGGUGAGUGUGGGUUCCUAUGGCUCUGUGCUCCAGCACGCGUAUUCCUAUUCCCAGGCAGCCUCACAGCCAACCAGCGUGUCAGAAGCUUUUGGAAGUUUGAGUAACUCCAGCCCAUCCAGGUCCAUGCUGAGCUGUUUCCGAGGAGGGCGUGCCCGCCAAAAGCGGGGUUUGUCUGUCCAUCUGCACAGUGAUCUGCAGAGCUUGGUGCAGGGUUCAGACAGUGAAGCUGUGAUGAAUAACCCUGGGUAUGAGAGCAGCCCCCGCGAGAGGAGCACAAGAGGUCACUGGUACCCGUAUAACGAGAGGCUGAUCUGUAUUUACUGUGGAAAGUCCUUCAACCAGAAAGGAAGCCUUGACAGGCAUAUGCGACUCCACAUGGGAAUCACCCCCUUUGUGUGCAAGUUCUGCGGGAAGAAGUACACACGGAAGGACCAACUGGAGUACCACAUCAGGGGCCACACUGAUGACAAACCAUUCCGCUGUGAGAUCUGCGGGAAGUGCUUUCCAUUCCAAGGUACCCUCAACCAGCACCUGCGGAAAAACCACCCGGGUGUAGCUGAAGUCAGGAGUCGCAUUGAGUCCCCUGAGAGAACAGAUGUGUACAUGGAACAGAAACUAGAAAAUGACGCAUCGGCCUCCGAGAUGGCCCUAGAUUCCCGGAUGGAAAUGCACACAGUGUCUGAUGCUCCUGAUUAAGAUGGUAAAGGAGUGCACCCAAACAAAGCACAUUAAUCAAUGCAUAUUUGUGAUUUGCUUUGUUGUAAUCUUUAGUUUUCCUAACCAUCUGGAAACCUCUUGGUCUCUUGGCAGUUUUUCUAAGGUUUCUGGAAGGAACGCUUCAUUAUGUUUAUCCUUUCCCCGACCUCCCUUCCCCCAGGAGCUCAAAGCAUGAAGGGCAUCAUAUCCAGGGAAAAUACAGGCUGACAGUAUUCCUCUUUGGCUGAAUUCUUAGUCCAGAAUCUGCCAGCGAUUUAGCUAUGCCAACUAGUUGACCCUGUAUUCUCUGCCAAGGGCGUGCUCUCGCUGGGCUGUCCUGCACUGGUCCCAGUGCAUCUCUGUGGAAAGAGACGGGGGUGCCGUCAGCUGAUACAAAUGGGUAACCUUUUCUAAUUUAAAAUUACUUUUACGGAGUAGUUAGACAAUUUAUAUAUAUAUAUAAUAAAAUGAUU